AUGUCGUCGGAACUGCGCGUGUCGGCGCUCUACGUCUAUCCCAUCAAGUCGUGCAAGGGCGUCGCCGUCGAACGGACAGCCGUGGUCGACACCGGCCUGCUAUGGGACCGCAAGUUCGUCGUCGUGGAGGAGCAAUCCGGCCGUUUCUUCACGCAGCGCACGCACCCUCAGAUGUGCCUCAUCGGCGUUGAAAUGCCUCCGGAGUCGUGGGACCCCGACUGGGAGCCCCUCUCAGGCACUCAAAUGACCUGCACGUUCCCAGGCCUGGACCCCGUCGCCGUGCCCCUCGACCUCCCCGAGCCCGCGACCGUCGCAGCCAACACCCGCCACGUCACAGUGUGGGAGUUCUCAGGCCCUGCGCUCGACAUGGGUGACGCCGCCGCGGAGUUCUUCUCGCAGGCCCUCGGCGCCCCCGCGCGGCUCGUGCGGCACCUGGACGACGCGUCGCGGCGCCCCUGCGAGGAGGAGUUCGCGCCGGGCCACGUGACCGCGUUCAGCGACGGGUUUCCCGUCCUGGUCGCCAGUGACGCGUCGCUGGCCCAGCUGAACAGCGAGCUCCCGGCGGGCGCCCCGCGGAUGGACGCGGCCCGGUUCCGCCCGAACCUCCUCGUCAGCGGCUGCCCGCCGUACGACGAGGACAACUGGGCGACCGUCACGUGCACCCCGCCCGCGGUGCACCGCGGCGCCCCGGGGGAGUGUACGCUGCGCGUCGUGAAGCCGUGCUCGCGCUGCACGGUGCCGCAGGUGGACCAGGCCACGGGCGAGCGCAGUACGGAGCCCGCGCCCACGUUGCGGCGGACGCGCGCGGGGAAGCUGCUCCCGCUCGGGGAGGGGCGGCCGUCGUGGAGCGGGAAGACAUUCUGGGGGUGGAACUGCGUGCGGGCGUCGGGGGGGACGCGGACCGUGGCCGUGGGGGACGUCGUGAGCGUCGCGCGGCGGUGA